UCCAGAGUGGGAUUGAGCGGCCGCUCCUCCUCGGCUUCUUCGCGUGCCGUUAUUCCUGGCCAUGAUGCCCGGGGAGGCUCCGCCGGCGGCUACUCCCGCGGGGGAAGCGGCGGCCACGGCCUGCGCCAACUGCGGCGCCCUCCAGCAGAAUUUAAAUGAAUAUGUAGCUGCCUUAAUUGCCUUAAAGCAAAAGAUUAUUGAUACUGACCACUUGCUGACAGAAUAUCAACAAAAGUGCAAUGAGCUUGAAGCUGCUAAAAGAGAAAACAAUACUCUUCAUCACCAAGUGGAAGAAAUGUUCCAGAAAAUAUCACCUCUUAAGAUGUGUGAGGAGGAGCUGGGCUCUGUGAAAGCAGAACUGGAAGAGAAAAGGAGUUCACUCAAGAUAUACCAGGAGACUCAUCUAGAGUAUGUUCGGGUGAAAGAGGAAAUGGACAAAAGUGACAUUGUGAAGAAGAAACUGGAAACUAAAGUGAGGAAACUUGAAGAGGCUGCAGCAAAACACAUCCAGGAGUUCAAGCAGCUGAAAGGAGAAAAGAAAGUUCUUGAGAAAGAACUGAAGAAAGCACAGGAAAAGAUUGAUGGAUUUCCUAGUAUAAAACAUAAGAAAGUGGUAAAGAAUGCAGAGACCCAGAGUGAAAAAGAGAAUCCAGUUGGAAACCUAGACAAAGAAAAAGUCAAGGUGCUGUUGGAGGAACUCUGGAUGUGUAUCAUUGGCUCCACAGGAGGUGAUCAUAUCAGUGCAAAUGAUUACAUUUUAGUAGGUGAUUUGGAUAGUCAUUCAAGAACACUUGGAAGAACAAAAAUGAUGCAGUAUCCUAAAAAAAUCAAGAAAUCUCAAGGAGAGAGGAAUUCCAAUGGUUCUUUAUCUGAAACCUGUGCAGCAGAAACCACGGUGUCAUCAAUGCAUAUAAAAUCGAAUAAGAGGUCUACUAAAUACAGUGACCCAGUUGAAAGCAAGACCAUGGAAACUACGGAAACUGGCAACAGCUCUUUUUGUGAAGGCAGUACUCUGGAAGACACUUCUCAGACAGAUUUAUCAGCAACUAAUUUGAAUCUUUUCAACAAGGACCAAGAACACGAUGAAAGUCUGCGAGAUGUUUUGAAGUGGCUGAGGCCUCUACCCCCUCUACUGUCUCCCAUACAAUUUUCACCAGCCACUACUCCGGAUAUCUUAUUUGGAGACAUAACAGAUUCCAGUGAUGAAGAAAUGGAAGACAGUGCAAAGACACUUGAAAAUAUCAUAGAAAACUAUGGUCAGGAUGAACAGGCAGCUGAAAGCAGGCAUGAAAAACAUUCAGCACAGUCUUGGAACACAUGCAGUUCUUCUGGUGUCAAUAGUGCAAAUAAUGGUCCUCAGGAAGCCUCUGAAAGAUUGAGAAACUUGAGAAAUGAAGAGUUAGUGUGUUCUGACCCUGUGACAGCAAAAUCAAAAUGCCUUAGUGAGAAAAAUGCCAAAUCAAAGGAUGAAGAGAAGUAUCUCAAAAAGAAUUCUGACUUGAUGGAAAUAGAAACAGGCACUGAAAUAGCAGUGCCCAGUACGGAGAACCUCAGAGAAAAGAUGGUUAGCAUGACAGAAACAAAAGAUACAGUUUUGAUCCCUGAGUUAAUAUUCAUUAAUGUACGAGGCCAAGAAAGUACAGCUGAGCUAAUGCAUGUUCAAAAAAUGGCUACUAGUAGUCCUGUGCAUGUAUUUGAAGAGUCUACUGGCUUCAUUAAAAAUGAAGAGAAAGAGUUGCCAACUGGAAAUACAGAAGAUGAUUUGUCUCAGUCUCCCAAAACAGAUAAUCAGCCGCACAUUGAAGAGCCAAUUUUUGUUGUUGACAGUGUGGCAGGACUUCUUGAAAAAUCUAAGCAUGGCUCUAGUAAUGUGAGUAGAGGAGAAGGCAUGGCAGAAGAACCCUUUAAGGAUAUCCAAUCAAUAUCUAAUUCAGGAGAAACUAGAUCUCUUGGUGAAGAGGCCACUGAACAUGUAACAAUGGAUGAGCAAAAUAAAGCAAUUGAAAGACUUGGUAUAGGCAGAAAUGGUGAACCCUUAUUGGAACAGAAAAUGAAUAUCAGCAACUGUAAGUUUCUUUCCGAAAAAGAGCACCCUAUUGAGCAGGUCAAGCAACAGGUUGCCGAGCUACCAUUUAUAUAUUCCGUUGAAAAAAAGAUCGAUGACUGUGUUGGAUCACAAUGCAUAGAAGAAAACUACAUCAGUGAAGAAAGAUGUGACAAACACAAUGAAAGUGAGGAAAACAAAGGAGAUAAAGUGAUGAAUGCAGGUAUUUCAGAGUCACAGUUAAAUACUACAGUGGUAGCUGAUGGAUGCAAGAAAUCAUUAUGUCAUGUAGAUGAAGCAGUACAGACUGAGAAGGAAUGCAGGGCUUCCUUUUCUAUGCCUACUAAAAAAGUAGAUGAUAACCAGGUGAAAAUAGCUGAUAGCAUGACUGAGGAAUUCAAAUCAGUGGACAUAAAAGAGGAAGAAUGGCUACAGUUCCAACAGUUAACUGACCAAAAAAAUAAUUGUAAAUCACCAGAGGAGCAUCCUGAUUGUGAAAGAAAUUGUAUGUUACCAGCUCAAGCAUCUGUUAUCAAAAACUGUUUGUUGCAGUCUAAGAAACCUAUUGAAACUAAUACCUUGGUCUUUGAAGUAGACAGUGUCACUGAAACUACAUUAAAACUGGGUCAGGUUGAAGAUGCAGACACAGAGUUGCAAUGCAAGUCCAAAACACAUAGUAUUUCCAAUGACUUUUACACUAUGAAAACUUUGAUGGAGGAUGAAUGUGUGGCAUCAAAUGGACUUGAGCAUGAAUUUAGCGACUCACUGAAUACCAAGGAAAUUAGGACUAUGCAGUCUGGUACAGCAGGAGGGAAUGUUUUUGAAACUGUGUGUAACAGAAGUGUGGAGACCAAUUUGAUAUCUGGAAAUCUGCAAUAUGAAAUGAAUGCCACAUCUCAAGAAAUGCCAUACUGGAAUAGUAAGAGCAGUUCAUGUCAUCAAAGAAAGUAUCCUGUGGAAAAAGACAAAACGAAUGAUGAGUGUUCUGUAACAGAGGAGAUAUUGGCAAAACAGAACAAGAAUAAAGAUCCAACUCAGUCUACCCAAGAUGUGCCACAAACUAACAUUGAAGGUAUUGAAACAGUUUUGCCUGUUGCAGUGACGGCUACUUCUCAAUCCGCUACAGAGCCCGUGGAUAUCAGCGCUUCUAAUUUGGAAAUUUUCAGCAAGGAUGGCCAAAGCUCUGAUGCUGAGGCAAACACACUGUCUUCUGUCCCAGUCUGCAUUACCCCUUCCUCCCCAGUAAGAGAAGAUAUUACUCAUUUUGAUCAUAAUACUGCUGAAGGCUGGAAGAAUAAACAGGAAAAUUCCACUUAUUCUCAGGAAAAGAAACAUAACCUUGACUGCUGCAGCCCAUCUAACAACACAAAUAAAGCACUAACUCCUGAGACUUCUAAUCUAAACAGUGUUAACACAGAAAAUAUUCUUCUAGCAAACAAAUCAGUUCUAAGUGAUGAGGCACGUAUUACUGUUCCUGAGAAGUUGGGGAGACCUUCAAAAAACAGUGCUUUAGAACAUGCUCUAGAUGCAGCUAAAGAAACAGAUGAAAUAUUAAGUAGUGAUAAAAGUUCUGGAGGAGUGGACACAGUUAAGAUUAUGAAUUCAUCUGUCUGUCUUUCAUCAUCAGAACAAGAAGUCUGCCCAUUGAGGAAGGUGAGUUUCUUAAGAACAUCCCCAGUGCCUCUGAUGGCCAAAAGCAAAAUGGGGACUAUUAGGAACAGUCAUACAGGUAGAGCAUCUAAUAUGACUCUUUCAGGUGGUGAUAAACAUGAAGUUGCAUCUCAAAAGGAUAAUUCUUCUCCAGGACAUGACACUGAUUCUUGUGAUGAUGAAGCAAUAGAAAGGACAUGGGACAAUUCAUAUUCAGAGGAAUUGCUAUAUAGUAAUGACAAAGCCUCAUUGAAACCGAAAGCCUCUGUUGCAAAAGAGAAAUCAGAAGGAAAGGUAGCAAAAGAAAGUAUUUCAGCAGUUGCUUCAUUGCUGAACCAGGAGGUAAUAUGUAACAAGAAAUCUUUCUCCAGGACAUCAUCUGUCAGCAAUUUAGAGAUUGAUAGUGACAUUACACCAGACAUAAAGUGCAGUGGUGCAAGUAUAGAAACCUCCAGAACUCAGUCACACUUUUGUAAAAGGAAACUGAAUACUGAGCAAGACAUGACUAUUACUGCUUCAACAUGCAGCGCAAACUUGGAGCAAAACCAUUUAACAUCCCACCAUGUUGAUGAUAGUAAUAUAUUUCAUAAAAAGGAAUGCUGCAUAAAGAACAAUGGAGACACUUGUGCUGUUAAAGCUAUACCACAUAACCUGGAAUCUUCCAACUGCAGCUCUAAACCACAGAAAUUAGUACUGGAGAAAUUGGAAUCUUUAGUUACUUUUGCAUCUCACACAGAGAAUAGCACAGAAAAGGUACAUAUGCCCUCAGACUCUAUAACUGUUUCAAAUGUUAGUCAUGAUAUAGCUAGCCACGAGAAGAAGAAGGAAAAUCAGCAUAUCCUGAUGGCUGAAACCAUCUUAGCCAGUACAGAUACUGCAGCAUCAACAAAGCAGUAUCCACAAACGCUAAUACAAAUUAGGGAAGAGAUGGGCCCACCAUUACCUCCUCUGCUCCCCCCUCUGAUGGCUACACCUCCAAGACCUGUUCGGCCCCUUUCUCCAGGAACUUCAUUGCCUUGCCAGUCUUCCUUGCCAUCUUCAUUGGAAGAAUUGAUAUCUCCUGUACAUAAAAAUCCAGUUCUAAUAUCACCAAUGUCAGAUACCUUGAAGUGCAAAUCUCCUGCCAUAUUGACUACUCCAUCUCCCUGUGAAACGCCAGUAGGUCAGAGGAUUCUGUCUUCCCCUCUUCAGUUUUGUGCCACUACUCCCAAACAUGCCCUUCCUGUACCAGGUAGACUUCCUCCAUCUGCAGCUGGUGUUGUUGCUCCACCUGUUCCUCAGGAAAACUCAUUGAAAAUUUUGGACAGUAGAUAUCCAAAGCUUUCUGCUCGAGCAAGAACUCUCAACAUCCUGAAAGGUAACAUUCAGCUGAGUAGGUCAUCAUUGGUAAAUGGCAAGAAUAUCCCACAGCCUGUCCAUCAAAUCAGUGGGUUUAAAGCAAUUGCUUCCACAUCUACUGCUUUUGUUAAAGCAGGGACUAAAUUCAAAUCUGACCCAGAGCAGACAUUCUGCAGUGUGGGAGUGGCUGGGAAAAGGAUACUGUCACCUGUGGUUGUGCCAAAGAGUGCCAAAAAGCCAAAACUUGAAAGUAAGUCACCAGUUUUGGACCUCGGCAAGGAACAGCUUUCAGACGAAGUUUCAGAAGCUGAUACUUGGUGUCCUCCUGAUGAGACUGACCUUCUCAGCAGUGGGGAUGCUAUGCAGUCCACUGGUGAUUGUGAUUCAGAAUUACUUUUGGCAGUGGAGGAUAUUAAUGAUCCUGAUAAUAGAGCUGUAACUGUAGCGUUGGAGAAAAGUUCUGAAGGCUGUUUUGAUCUGUUACCUGUUAUACUUAGCCACGUCUUUGUGGGCAAUACCUCAAGGAUACCAGUUAUGAGAGAUGAAGAGAAAGAAGUGGUCCAUGAGCUUGGUGUUGUAAAUAAGCACUUAGCAGAGCCAGCAUUACAGGCUAUUUUGAAUAAGCUAAAGAAGGAAAAGAUGUCCUUGAGCCACAAUUGUAUCCAGUCUCUCUGCAGAGUGUAUGUUGGAAUAUGCCGACAGCUAGGAGAUCUUGAAAGAGCACGCUUGUUUUGCUACAGCCUCCUUAAGGAAGACUUUCCCAAAUCUGAUAGGCUAACUUUGUUCAUGGGAAGCGUGUGGACUGAGAUAUUUUCUUCUGAAGGAGUGGUCAGCAAAGCUAUUGAGUUAGUAGCCAGACAGCGUGCAAGAGGAGAUGUGCUGAAAUGUCUGAAAACCUAUCUGAAUUGGGAAGAGAGUGCACCAGUGAAGAUUGGCAUGAUGGUCUCCAGUUUGCUUUUGGCAAUAAAGUUGUGUCCACAAAUGGAAUUUCAGUUUACUGAAGAAUAUGGAGAGGACCUGAAAGAGAGUACAUGGGAAUACGUGUUUGCUAUUGAUCUGCUGUGUUCACAUCAAAAGUGGUGUUGGACCCAUGAUAAUAUUAUCAGUAAAGAACUCUGGCCUAUCAUGGACAAGUGGAUGAAGAACAGAAAGGGCAGUGGAAGUGUUUCCUCUCCUUCUGACUUAAUUGUGGCCACAGUGCUCAGGCUGAUUGGUCGUCUUGGACAAAUAGGGUUGAGAGAAGGAUUUUCUUCUGCUGUGGAAAAUAUAAGUUCUGUUAUUAGAGUCUUUCUUCAGCAUGCGAAAGAAAAAGAAGUAGCUUGGGGUGUCCAGUUGGCAGCAGCAUAUGCACUUUGUGACCUGGGGCCUAGCAAUCCAUCUAAAAUAUUGGAGGCCAUCCAUGCAUGGGAAGCAGAGAACACAAACAGCCUUCCUCCUGCUAUUGCAAGUGCCAUCACUGAAGUCAGCAAUCUGCAAACACAGGCAGGAAGAACAGAAGUUCCUCAUCAACGUAAUAGAGUAACAUGAAAGGAAGGCAGAACAGUGCCUUCUGAAAGAAACUUGUUCAAAACAGAAGUAGUACAAGAGGAGUGGUGCACCUCCCUUCUGAGAAGGCAGCAGGAAACAUUGGCUCUUACAGAGACAAGCUUUGUUCAGUGUAGUCUGGAUUCUUUGGGUUGCAGCUGAAACAAUCAGCAUUUGAGUUGCUGCUGUUUUUCUAUACGAAACAAUACAUUGUCUUAAUGAUGUGAGUACUUUCUAAAUCAGAAAAAAAAAUGUUCUCAUCUAUGCAAAUAGAAGUGUUCUCUUGAAACUGGUCUUCCAAGAUGUGAUUGUCAAGCUCCUGAUACUUUAGUCUCCGUUUGAUUUUGCCCAAAGCUCUCAAAACAGUUUUUACUGGAAAUGAAGAUGAAAUGUAGCAUUUUAACAAAUUUGUUUUUUCUAUUUGUUCAUUGACAGUUGAAUCCUACUAAUUUUUUUUCUGGAGAGAUAAAGGCAGUAGAAUGAGUGCUGCUCAUGGAGUAUCCUUGCAUCCCACUUUGACUCUCUAAUAGGUUUUAGGUCUUAUAGGUUUGUGGGUAAUAGGUCUUAUAGGUUUGUGGGUGUUGUUUCAGACUCUUGUGAACCUUUUUACCAGAGACGACAAAAAAAAUAUGCUUACCAUGGGAGGUGAUGCUGGGCUUUCAGCUUUCUUAAAGACUGUUCUGACUCCACUAUUAAGUUGUUCAUGUGUCACAAUGGAAAAUACAAAAUCAUUUAAAUCAAGUCCUUUUAACUUCAGUUGUUUAAUGGAAGCAUGAUCUGAUUACUGUAAGAGUACCAUCUGCAUUUUGAUGGGGCACUCAAGACCAUUUUUGUAUUCUCUCAAGCUCCCAGAUUCUUUGCUUCAAAAAAUGCAGUAAUUGUGCUUCCAGGUGGCAUGCCUCCUCUACCUUCCUUUAACAUAAAAUUCAUUCUUUUUAUAGCCAGAAGUGAUCUUCUAGUCAUUUUCAUGGCAUAUGUGACCCCUGGAGGAGCCUGGGGAUAGAAAAAUAGCCCCCAGGAACCCAAAGCUUUCCCAUCGGGAUGUACAGUAUAUAGAAGAUAGAUAUGCCUUCUCUAUGAGAAUGUUUGUAUAUGAUAUAUUUAUAUGAUGUGUUUCACAUUUAAUGUUGUUCCACUUGCGGAAUUUUACUAUCUGUAUAUUGAAACUGGAGUAAAAAAGAAAAAACCUUGUAUUGUUUAAAAUCUUAACAUAAUUAUUUUUUGUACUCGCAUAUAUAUAUGUAUAUAUAUAUAUUUAUAUUCUUUUAAAUGCUGUUUGUGUAUUUCAUAAUUGUAUAUUUCACCAGCUAGCUAAUGCUACCCUCAUACAACAAAAUGAAAUUAAAAUGAUUUCUCAGAUUGUUCA